AUGGUCAAGAUAGAAGACCACGAGUAUCUGUGCGAGGAGGAAAAGCGUCUGAGGACCGAUCGUCUGCGCGAAAAGUACUGGAAGAAGUGGGGCCCCUACGUUGCUGAGCGGCAAUGGGCGACCGCGCCGACGGUGAUGCUUGGAGCCGUGAGUAUUCGGUCACCUUUCACCAAUUGGCAGAGCUGGAGUCCUAACAGCAGCCUAGAUUUCACCCACGACCACGCAAGGUCGAGAGCUUUCAGGUGGGGGGAGGACGGCAUUGCUGGUGUCUCCGACUCCCACGGUCUGCAGAAUAUUGCAUUUGCUUUCUGGAACGAAGAAGAUGAUUUCCUCAAAGAACGUUUGUUUGGUCUCUCGAAUCCGCAAGGUAACCACGGAGAGAGCAUCAAGGAGGCACACUUCCAUGUCGACAAUACUCCCACGCAUUCAUACAUGAAACUCCUCUACAAAUAUCCCCAAAGAAAAUUCCCUUAUGAAGACCUUGUUGCUGAGAAUGCGAAAAGAGGCAAAGAAGACCGCGAGUACCAGCUUAUCGACACGGGCAUUUUUGACAACGAUAAAUACUGGGAUAUUGUCAUUGAAACCGCGAAGGAGACCGAUGAUCCCGAGGAGCUCCUUUUCCGAGUCACCGCAUGGAAUCGUGGCCCAGAGCCAGCGCCACUACACAUCAUACCCCAUGUGUGGUUCAGAAAUACUUGGGCCUGGGGUCACGAGUCGGAAGAUAAGAAGCCCAGUAUACACCAGAUCAGUGAGAAUGUUGCGCAUAGCAAGCACCAUUCGCUUGGAGACCGAUACUUUCAGAUUUCUCCUUCUCCAGGAGUCGGCCCAAGCGGUCAAGAUGUUCAGCCCGAGCUCAUCUUCACAGAGAAUGAUACCAAUUUCAAGACCCUGUACGAUGGAGAAAAUGAACAACCAUAUGUGAAGGAUGCUUUCCACCGUCACAUUGUGGGUCGAGAAAAAAAGGCCAUCAAUCCUAAACGAACCGGCACAAAGUCAGCUGCCUGGUUCGCGUUCAACGAAGGUGGUGGAGUCGCUCCAGGUGAGUGUGCGGUAGUCAGAUUCCGAUUUUCGAAGAGGUAUGAAGAGUACAUGGACGAGGAAUUGUUUGACAACAUUAUCGACAAGCGUAAAGACGAGGCCGAUGAGUUCUAUUAUCGUAUCAGCCCCCUGCCAAUGGCUGAGGAUCUUCGGAAUAUUCAACGACAGGCUUUCGCUGGUAUGAUGUGGACGAAACAGUACUAUCACUUCAUUUGGGACCAAUGGGCGAAUGGCGACCCUGCCCAACCUGCCCCUCCACCAGAGCGUAAGGCUGUGAGAAACACCCACUGGAAGCAUAUGCAUUUGGAUGAUAUUCUUUCCAUGCCAGACUCAUGGGAAUACCCAUUCUUUGCGGCGUGGGAUUCUGCUUUUCAUUGUAUACCUUUGGCUAUGAUUGACCCAGAAUUUGCCAAAAAGCAGCUUGACUUGUUCACCAGAGAGUGGUAUAUGCACCCAAAUGGUCAACUGCCAGCCUACGAGUGGAAUUUUGGAGAUGUCAACCCACCCGUCCACGCAUGGGCUACAUUUCGAACAUUCAAGAUCGAGAGAAAGAUGUAUGGCCGCCAGGAUUUGGAUUUCCUAGAGCGGGUCUUCCAGAAGCUGCUCCUGAAUUUCACCUGGUGGGUCAAUCGAAAGGACUUUGACGGGAAAAAUGUCUUCGAAGGUGGUUUCCUUGGCCUGGACAACAUUGGCUUAUUCAACCGUUCCGAACCCCUGCCCACCGGAGGUGUUCUUGAACAAGCCGAUAGUACAGGAUGGAUGGCAUUUUAUUGUCUGUGCAUGCUGAACAUCGCUUUGGAGCUAGCCAAGCACCGCCGGAUCUACGAAGACAUUGCAUCCAAGUUCUUCGAGCACUUUAUGCUCAUCAGUGAUGCCAUGACUUACAAAGACGGAUCGACAGUGGAGAAAUCGUUGUGGAAUGAGAAAGAUGGGUUUUACUAUGAUGCUAUUUCGUACGGUGGGCCUUGGACUCAACAACUUCCCGUCAGGUCACUAGUGGGAUUGAUUCCACUCUACGCCACCUUGACUCUCGAACCUGAGCUCAUAAACAAGCUUCCAGCGUUCAAGAAGCGACUUGAAUGGUUCGUUGAAAAUCGACAUGACAUGGCAGAGCGUAAUAUGGCUAGUAUUAGGAAGAGAGGAAAAGACAAUCGAAUUCUCCUAUCCCUUGUCAGUAAGGACCGUCUGGAGAAGAUCCUGAAGCGCAUGCUCGACGAGGAUGAAUUUCUGAGUGAACAUGGAAUUCGGUCGUUGUCCAAGUACCACAAGGAGCAUCCAUAUGCCAUGGACGUCAACGGGCAAGAGUUCAAGGUUGGCUAUGUGCCAGGUGACUCCGACAGCGGUCUCUUCGGAGGUAACAGCAACUGGCGGGGUCCGAUCUGGCUAUGCGUUAACUUUCUACUUGUCGAGUCUCUUCAGCGCUUCUACAUGUUCUAUGGCCCUUCACUGAAGGUAGAAUGUCCAACAGGAUCAGGGGAUUUGAUGCACUUGGGACACGUGUCGGAAGAGAUCCAGCAUCGACUUCAGCAUCUUUUCGCCCGCGGUGACGAUGGACGUCGUGCUAUCAAUGAUGGAAACGACCUGUUGGAUUUCGAUCCAAACUGGAAAGAUAACCUUUGGUUCCACGAGUUCUUUGACGGCGAUUCUGGCCGGGGUCUCGGGGCUACGCACCAAUGUGGCUGGACCGGGCUAAUCGCAAGAAUGAUUCAUGAUACUGGGUAUUUUAUCUUUCCAACUGCUGACACACGAAUACUGACAUACCAAAACAGACUCAGCUGCCGGCUCCCUCAAACUCCGCGCACCCCGUCAACAGGCAUGAACCACUACUUUGACGAUGUCUUCACAAGACAUGUCGGUCAAAGCACAAAGCCAGAGAAGCCGAAGAUGCGGCGCUCAUCAACGAAUCGUUCCAUGGGGCAAAGAAGCGACUUUGACGCUUCGUUCAAUGGAGAGGAGGAUGUAAAAUCAGUUGAUACAGAUAACGAAGAAAGGGUGAAAGAACGACAAGAGGCUGAUGCACAUACGGCCCAUUAUGUUAGCGAGCAAUUGUCACGGGUGCGAAGCAACCAAAGUAUAGAUUUCGAUAAAGGUGAUGAGUUCGAGGCACAGUUGGACGAACAGUGA